CAACCACAUUAUUCAGUGGUGAAAAGUCGUUGCGUGCAGUCAUCUAGUGAUCUCCAAACAAAACGCGAAUUCAAAUUCAAACUAAAAUGGCCUUCAAGUAUCUGAUCUUCGCCUCGGCUCUAUGCCUGAGCCUCGCCUAUCCGCUGGAGCAUCAGUACUACGAGGAAAGCCAUGGCUAUGAACACCUGGCCCACCACGAACCGGAGCCCGUCCAUGAGUACGGACAUCAUCAGAUCGAGCGGAUCUCGCUGGGUGAGGAACACGGACACCUCGAGCACGCUGAGCCACACUAUGAGACCCACGAAUCCCACGGACAUGACGAACAUGUGGACUACUAUGCCCCUCCCAAGUACGCCUUCAAAUACGGAGUUAAUGACUUCCACACCGGAGAUGUGAAAUCCCAGCACGAGACUCGUGAUGGUGACACCGUCAAGGGACAGUACUCUCUGGUGGAGCCCGAUGGUUCCAUCCGCACUGUGGACUACACCGCCGACAAGCACAAUGGUUUCAACGCCGUCGUCCACAAGACCGCCCCAGUGCACCACCAUGAGGAACUGCACGAGCACCAUUACUAAGCCAGGAUUGACUGUGCACUAGAGUUAGCCAAAUUGCUCAUCAGCCGAAAGUAGGAGGAGGAUUAUGAGGAUUAGGAGGAGGGACAAGCAUAUCCACAUCGAUCGACCAUGGAAUCAGCUUCAUAUCUCGUAAUUAGGACAUCAGCACACACCCAGGCCAUAGAUCACAUCCGGGCACUCUUGCUCCAAAGUGUCCAUGGCCAUUUCAUUAACAUUUUGUAUAUUGUAUUUUAUUCUGUGAUAGCGAAUAACUUCUAUGUGUAUCUUCUGCUUUCAACUGAUCCUUAGUCACUACCUGCUCAGACGAAUUUACCAUUCAAUCACUCGACUGUAAACUGUAAUCUUUAAUCUAUAAUCUGUAAUGUAUACUUAUGUCUUCUCGAACGAACGAAUUGUAAAUUGCGUAAUAAAGUGUGAAUUAUGUACUUUUUAUAAAAUCAAAA